AACCAAGGGUUCAUUGCACAGAACACGGAGCGACCUUUUAAUAUAGAUAUAUAUAUUUUCUGUAUAUACUAUUUUGUAUGGUAUAUAUAUGCUCUGUACAAUUAAAAAAAAGUCAAAAAAGUUUGGAGUAUUUAUCUUCUACAAGACUGUGUUUCUGCUUUGUGAGUAGAGAACAACCUUGGUGUCUCACAGAUGCUGUUUUGUGUUUGAGCUUGAAUUUCCCGUCUUGGGUUGUGUUUGGAUAGAGGGGUGUUGUUUUCUUGUUCUGGUCUUGAGUGCUUGGUAACGGUUGGUGCUUUACGUGUAAUUGAAGGAUUAGGUUUUCUUUUAUUUUUGUGUAGAAGUGUUUGGAUUCUGGGUUUGGUUAAUUUUGAGAAGGGUCUGUUUGGUUCUUACAAAAGAUUGGUGUUUGUGGUGGUGGUGGUUGUGUUGAUGAUGAUUCAUGGGGAGUAGAACGCAUAAUAAUAAUAAUAAUAAUAAUAAUAAUAAUAAUAAUAAUAAUAAUAAUAAAGCUGUGACCGAGAUGCCAAGCUAUGUACCUCAGCUAUCCACUUCUAAUCCCAUUGGCACAGAAGCAAAUAACAUUCAUCCUUCUCGAGUUUCAGACUUUGCCACAUUUGAGCAAUCUCUUGGGUUUCGCAUAGAUGAUGCUGUUGAUCUUAGCAGAAAUUCUAUCUUUAAUCAAUUAAAAUCUAGCAGCCAGGCAAUAGGUGCUGAUGUCCAGUUUGGCGCUUUAAAUAAGUCCCUUGCAUCCUCAGAUAUAAAUCUAUCAGCUGCCAUUGUGGGGUCCCAGACAUUACCAUUGCAAAAAGAACUGCAAGUAUAUCCAGUUUCUACACACAGCAACCAUCCUGAGAAUUGGGGAGAGACCAAUAUGGCAGAAGCCAGUCCUAGAACUGAUACCUCAACAGAUGACACAGAUGAAAAAAAUCAAAGGUUUGAGAGAGGACAAUCAGCUGUAAUAGCAGCAUCCGAUUCCAGUGACAAGUCAAAGGAAAGAGCAGGGGAUCAGAAGACUUUAAGAAGGCUUGCUCAAAAUCGUGAAGCUGCCAGAAAAAGCCGAUUAAGGAAAAAAGCAUAUGUACAACAACUGGAGAGCAGCCGGCUGAAGCUGACUCAACUUGAGCAAGAGCUCCAGAAAGCCCGGCAACAGGGAAUUUUCAUUUCAAGCUCAGGAGACCAAACCCAUUCAAUGAGUGGAAAUGGUGCCUUGGCAUUUGAUGCAGAGUAUGCACGGUGGCUAGAAGAACAUAACAGGCAAAUAAGUGAGCUGAGGGCUGCAGUCAAUUCGCAUGCAGGAGAUACUGAACUUCGUACUAUUGUCGACAAUGUUGCUUCACACUUCAGUGAUGUUUUCAGGCUGAAAGGCACUGCUGCAAAAGCUGAUGUUUUCCACAUCCUAUCAGGGAUGUGGAAGACACCAGCAGAGCGUUGUUUCAUGUGGAUAGGUGGCUUUCGCUCAUCUGAACUCCUCAAGCUUCUUGUGAAUCAACUGGAGCCUCUAACUGAGCAACAGCUAAUGGGCAUUUACAACUUGCAACAAUCUUCUCAGCAGGCAGAAGAUGCUCUCUCACAAGGGAUGGAAGCGCUGCAGCAAUCACUGGCAGAAACCUUGGCUAAUGGCAACCCUGGCUCAUCAGGUUCGUCUGGGAACGUGGCGAACUAUAUGGGUCAAAUGGCCAUGGCCAUGGGAAAGCUAGGAACUCUAGAGGGAUUCCUUCGUCAGGCUGAUAAUCUGAGGCAGCAAACACUAGAACAAAUGCACCGUAUAUUGACAACUCGGCAAUCAGCCCGUGCACUUCUAGCUAUACAUGACUAUUUCUCUAGGCUACGAGCCCUUAGUUCUCUCUGGUUGGCCCGGCCACAGGAAUGAGCAGCAGUAUGUUGCCCCCCAACAAAAUUAACAUGAAUAUCUACCACUUCACCACCCUCCUACUUGGCCUUCAGUUCUCAUCAUGCCAUUGGGUGGACUGCCGCUGGUGGUCUUAGUCAUCAUCAUCGGUGGUAAUUGUGGUGCUGAUAGGUCGUAAUUGGUGUAAUUAUUGGUUUCAUGUGCAGCUGUAACGCCAGAUUUGCUCACACAGAUGUAUGCUUAUCUUCUUGCUGUAAAACAAAUAGCGGCCAUAGUUGGUGUAAUUAUAGGUUUCAUGUGCAGUUGUAACGCCAGGUUUGCUCACACAGAUGUAUGCUUAUCUUCUUGUUAUAAAACAUCUAGUGGCAAUAAUUCGAUAA